CAGAAUGAGAAAGAAACGCCACCAAAUCCAAAAUUUUGUUAUGGCGAAGUUUUUGAAUUGAUUAUAGUUAAAAAUGGGUGAACAUUCACACAGUAGAUUUGAAAAAUCUCUUGGCUUGUUAACAACAAAGUUCGUGGGUCUGUUAAAAAGAGCGACAGGUGGUGUACUGGAUCUUAAAGUCGCUGCCGAUUUGCUGGCUGUUAGACAAAAAAGGAGAAUUUAUGAUAUAACUAAUGUAUUAGAAGGAAUAGGAUUAAUAGAAAAGAAAAGCAAAAACAGUAUUCAAUGGAAGCCUUACACCAAUAAGUAUCUACCUGGAUCAGACACUGAAGAAUUUACCUCUAAGAUAUCUGAACUAAAAAAGAAAGUAGCAAAAUUAAACGAUUAUGAACGUGAACUGGACCUACAUAAACUGUGGAUUGAACAAAGCAUAAGGAAUACCACUGAAGACUUAGAAACUAGGCAAUAUUUAUAUUUAACAGAUGAAGAUUUUUCAAAUCAUUUUAGCAGUAGUGACACAGUUGUGAUAGUUAAUACACCUGUAAAUAAUAGUAGUGUAACAUUUGAAAAUGUAGAAGAUUCAUUCCAGCUACAUUUCAAUUCAAGUACAACACCUAUAACCACAAGACUUUUGGGAGAUGUUCCUGCAGAUGAUCAGGGAAAUUCUAAAAAAAGGAAAAGGCUAUUAUUACAAACAUCUGAAGAUGAUUCAAAUUCAUCGGACCUAAAAUUUAUUGACGAGGAGGAUCCAGAUAUCGUUACUGCUCAAAUAUUGUUUAAGAAACAUAAAAGUAGUUACUAUAGUCAAAAUAGAAGGACAGUAGAUCAAGAUCUGGACGUUGAUAGUCCAUUUGUUACAUUGAGUCCUGCAUCAUUUCACCAAGAUUAUAACUUUGGUCUUCUAGAAACUGAAGGUGCUACCGAUCUAUUCGACGAAAUAGUUUCUUCUAGCGUGGUUGAACUUUCAGUGUAACUUUUUUUGAUAUAGCUUUAUAUUUAUACUUUCUUUUAUAUAAGACAAUGUUAUGUUGAAGAUAAUUAUAUUGAAUAAAAAAUGAUCAUGUUUU